GCGGGUCUACUUUAAAAAAUGCUGGAACGGUUGUUUUCCUGGCUGAUAAAAACCGCAGCAGUAGGGUUUUUGGGUGGAUUCGGGCUGCCAAGGCUGGUUGGGAAGGAGAGCCGAGCUGCUUAGCCGCUCUCUGCGUACGAGGAUUCUUUCUGCAAAAGAGGGAGUGCUGGCCGGAGAAAAUUCUUGGAAUAGAGAGCUGCAUAAAUCUGGAGGCUACCCUUGUGGGAGAUUUUCUCCACUUCAGGGGUUAGCUUAAUUGUGUUAGAGCUUUGGUUCCUUGCUUCUGGUAUUUUCGAAUUUAGCAGUUCGGUAGUUUGCUGCUUCUCUCAAUUUUGACCAUUAAAAUGGUUGAGGUUGUUCUUGCCAUGCUUGUUAUUUUAGUUAACAAAUUUAUUGUUAUGAGUAGCUAAAUUCUUAAGUCCGGAUUAUUAUGAAAUUGCUAUGAUUUAGUAUAAAUUGUGAUUUUAGUUAUGUCAAUUGAUUGAGUUUUAUUCAUUGUUUUUAUUCGCUUAAUUUGUUGUGUUAACUUCCGGCCAAUUUUAAUAUGAUUAAUUAAGUUAUUUGAGUGGAUUAAUAGAGUACAUGUCAUGCCUAUUAGUUCAAGCUCUUUUGGAUAAAAGAAUAGAUAAUUUAGCUGUCUUGUUAGGUUAUCUAUUUGGUUCUUGAAUCGGGUUUCCGUAGUUCUUUUGUGACUAAUGGAUUUUAACUAUUGAAUUAAUAAUUUCUAAUUGAUUAAUAGUUAAAAUACAUGACUUAUUCUGGACGCCAUACGGAAUAGUCAUAUUUUUGUCUAGAAUGAACCCUCAAUUUCAAUUGAAUAACUAAAUCACAAAUACUAAAAAUUAGUGACAUAUUCAUAAUCCUGGACUAUCUUUUCUUUUGCUAAAUUCUCAAUCAUUUUCCCGUUAGUUGUUUAAUCAUUUUAUUUUCAUUCAUUUAAAUUCCUGGCAUCCAUUUUAAUUCAAGCUUUACUUUUCAGUUUCAAAUCAAAUAAAUUCAAAAUUCAUUUUUUUAGUUAGAUUAAUUUCACUUUUAUUUUUAUUAAUAGUUUUCUAAUUACUUAGUUGCAUUUUCCCCGUGGAUUCGACCCUUACUUGAGCACUGUACUACCGCAACUCGUGCACUUGCGAGGACUUAUUAAAUUGUCUAUCAAUUUUUGGCGCCGUUGCCGGGGAAUUUGUUUAACUAGUUUUUGGAAAAUUGUUAAUUUAGUUUUAUUUUAGUUAGUUGUGUUUGUUUUUUUUUUGUUUUUGUUGUUGUUGUAUGCUUGGUCGCAGGUCACUUAAUCCAGAUUUGCUAUCGCUGAACGACCAAGUUGAUUUGAUCGGUAAGAGGACAAAAAAGCGACUUGAAUUUGCUCCUAAUCCAAAAAUGGGUGACGCUCAACUAAUGAAAGAGUUUGGGAGGCCAACUGUAGGUGCCUCCCCGUCCUGCAUUGUACUGAUUGAGGCUGCCCGAAAUUAUGAUCUGAAGACCGUUCAUUUUAACCAAUUGUCGUCUUUCCAUGGGCUUGCUUCUGAGGAUGCGCUGAUCUUUAUCCGAGAUUUUUAUGGCAUCAUCCAAAAUUUCCCUUUGCAAGGAGUGACUGAAGAUGAGCUGAGAAUGAGGUGUUUUCCUUACACUCUCAAAGAUGUUGCGAAGACAUGGUUUAUGUCUUUAACACCUGGUUCGUUGCGUACAUGGGUUGAUGUCUACAACAAAUUUAUUGGCAAGUAUUAUUCUCAGUCUAAAACUUCAGAACUGAGAAGAAAAAUUGCCAAUUUCACUCAAGCUGAAGACGAGCCAUUCCAUGAGGCAUGGGAGAGAUUUAAGAUGCUGCUCACUCAAUGCCCUCAUCACGGCUAUUCACUGGCGCUCCAGAAUCAAACUUUCUAUGACGGUUUGACACAAGAGAGCCAAGCUAUUGUGGACAACGCAGCUGGAGGAGCAAUGGGAGAGAAGACCGCAGAACAGACUUUAGAGCUUUUCGAGAUGCUAGGAGCCAAUUCACAACAGAAGUGUGUGCGGGACAGGACUCCAUGAAUUUAUGAAGUGGGAGUUGGGACAGAAUUAGCCAUCCGGAUGUCUGAGUUGUCUAAACAAAUGAAGAACAUGUGCUCUGUGAUGACAACAAUGAGCAUGUCUACUCCCGUUGUGAAUGAUGUACCUGAAGUUGGUUUUGAGCAAGUCCACAUGAUGAACUCUUACAAUCAAGGGAAGAAAUGAUCCAUUCUCGAACUCUUACAAUCCCGGUUGGAGGAACCAUCCUAAUUUCUCUUGGAGUAAUACACAACAAAACAACCAGCCACCAACAAAACAACCAGCCACCACCACCUGUACAGAAGAAGCCAUCUUUGGAGGAUACUUUGCAAAAUUUCAUGCAAAUAUGCACCCAAAAUCAGCAAGCAAAUGAGAAGCGUUUUCAGUGCACUGAAUCUUCUUUGAGGAAGUUAGAGAUACAAGUGGGACAGAUUGCUGACUCUUUCCAAGGACACGUGCAAGGGAAGCUACCGAGUCAAUCUGAAGAGGCCAAAGCUAUCACGGUUCUUAGAAGUGGGAAGAUAAUUGAGAAAGAUGAACGAUAGCCCAUUUCUAAGCCACCAGAGAAGGUAGAAGCUGAAAAUAAAGAAGUUGAGGCUGAUCCAGUAGAUGAGGAGAUCGGGCUGCACAAAGCUGAAGAUCCAUAUGUGCCGCCUAAGCCGUAUGUUCCACCCGCUCCUUUCCCAAACAGGUUUAAAAGUUCGAAGCUUAACAAAUCUUUUGAUGAUAUUUAUAACUUGCUGUCUAAAGUUAAUGUGAAUUUGCCUCUUCUUGACAUGAUAAAAAACAUGCUUGCCUACGUUAAUUUUUUAAAAGAAUUGAGCACCAGAAAGCGUAGGUAUGAACCGAAUGAAAAAGUGUUUGUUUCUAAGGCGGUUAGUGAUGUUUUGCAAAAAGAUUUGCCCCCAAAAUUAGAAGACCAUGGCAGUUUUAUUAUCAUCAUUAAUUUGGGGAAUUCUAAAUCUAAUAAAGAUAUGCUUGACUUGGGGGCAAGUAUUAAUUUAAUGUCUUAUUCUGUUUACUUGAAAUUAGGGUUGAAUGAGUUGAAAUCCACUACUAUGUCCCUACAGCUUGCUGACCGCUCUAUUAGAUAUCCAAGGGCAUAGUAGAGGAUGUUUUAGUUGAAGUUGAUAAGUUGAUCAUUCCUGCUGAUUUUGUUGUUUUAGAUAUGGAUGAUCAGUGCAAAUAUGUGAAAGACAUGCCAAUUUUGCUGGGUUGACCUUGUUGGAAAUGUGAAUAUAUAAAUAUUGUUUUGAGGGACACAUUUUGGUAUCCUAAGAUAAACGUGUAUUAAAUACAUAGAGGGGAUUAAUUAUACAUCAAAGAACAACUUACAUAUUUGGAUUUAAAUUAUAAAUAGAAUCCAUAGUUGUAAAAGUUGUAAAGUGAUGUGUUAAAACCAUGACUUAUUUGUUCCAUAUUAGAGGAUAAAAAUGACUCGUAUGAUUAUAAAAGUGAUGUGAUGUAAUUGAUGUCUUAAGUUUGGAGACUCUCUAAUUGAUUGAACAAAAUAAUUCUAUGGUUUAUUAGAACUGAACCGGUUUUUAUUAUUUGUUAAUAAUAAAAACGAGCAGUCUAUGAGGAGAAUAUUAUAGCUGAUCGAUUGUGAAAUUGAAUUUUUAAAAUUCAAAAUGAUCGAGCAUAAUAAAGUGGCUAUUGAUGUAAUCCUAGAAAACCUGAACAGGUUGGCCUUUCACCUCACAUGCUAUUUAUUGAAUAUUUAUCCUUGAUUUCCGUUUCUAAAACCAUCCCCUAUCUAAUCUUUAUUCUUUAUUAUGCCAUAAUAAUAAUAUAAAGAGACGUGUAUGCAUGUUUUUCAAAAUAAGCCUUACGUAAGAAAGCAAAGUGGAGAAUACUCUUUCAAUUUUUUUGCCCUCUGCACGUACAAACAAAAGAAAUCAGCCAUAUAUUCUCUUCUAAAUUGAUCUUGCUUUCUUUAGAAGCAAACAAUACUCCUUGUACGAGAGAAGAGUAUCCAUAGUUUCCUUCAUUGAGUCUUUCUAUUCAGUCAAGGCAAUUUUGGCAACGGUCGAAGGUUUCAAUCAAGAUAGCUACGAGAUUGAAACGUGGUAGGAUUAUCCUGGGAGCGGGCUAGCCAGACCCGUCCGAAUAGCUAUCGGUAUACGGGGGCUAUCUUUCUUCAAGGCCAGUCCGUUUUAACGGGCGAUCCUGCGAUAAGUUUUCCUACCUUACUAUUUAUUCAUUAUCCAUUUAUUCUACUUAUUAUUAUUAUUUUCUUUUUCUUGCAUUUGGUGGUUUGUCUGGUGAUUUGGUUUAAACUCGGGAUUCUUAUCUGGUUAAACUCGCACUUUUAAUAUCAAUUUUCUAACAAUCUUGAAGAAAGAUAUUAUUUCUCGAGUUUUGGAAAAUCCAAAAAUGGCAAACUUGGAAAAUGCUGUUAUUUCCGAAAAUGUUGUUGUUGAGAAUGAUGUGAAUGAUAUCCUUCAAAAUAAUGUAAAUUCUGUGUCUGUGACUAACUGUGGAGACACAUCUGAAUAUGUUGCUACGGGCUCGCACAGGGUUGAUUUAACCGGAAUGUCGGAAAAAUUUUCUGGGCAUUUUUUCAAGCGUUGGCAACAACACAUGAAAAUUUGGUUAAUCACCAAGGGCUUGCUCUCGACAAUUAUGACGGUGUGUCCCCCUGUUGUUGAAUCGGAUCCCAAAAGUCUUGAACGCCAAGCUUUAUGGCGUGAGAGGGAUGACAUUGCAAAAGGCAUGAUUUUGUUGGGUCUCUCCGACAUGUUAUUUGAUGUCUAUUGCACCCUCCAUGGCACGACUAAGGACAUUUGGGAUGAGUUGGAUAGAAAAUAUAAUACUGAGGACCACGGUCUUGAAAAAUAUAUUGUUUCUAAAUUCCUACGAUUUGACAUGAAAGAAGGUAAAUCGGUGUUAGAACAGACACAAGAAUUUGAGCUUAUCUUACAUUCUCUUCGUGAAGCGGAUAUGGAAUUGCCUGAAAAAUUUAAAGUGAUGUCGGUCAUAGAAAAAUUUCCCAAAUCAUUGGAAGAUUUUGGUAUGACUUUAAAACAUAAAAUGAAAAAGAUCACUUGGAAAUCUUUGAUGCAUUCAAUUACUGUUGAGGAGGAACAUAAGAAAGCGGGUUAUGUUGCGCCGGUUGAAUUUCAGCCAAAGGCUCAUGUAUUGACCGGGGGAAAACAGUCACAAAAUUCUAAAAAUAAACAACCAUCAUCUUUUAAACCAAUAAAGGCCAAACUAAAAAUUAUAAAGAAAUCAAAGGCAAACCGUCCAUGCUGGAACUGUGAACAGAUGGGGCAUUGAGCCAAAUUAUACCCAAACAAAAAGGCUAAGGCUCAAUCUGUUGGAUCUCAAGUCAACAUGGUGACUGGAGUAACUAGUUCCGAUGGCCUGCGGUUGGAAGAACAGUGAUGAUGGGGAACACAAGUGCUGCAAGUGUGCAAGGAAUUGGAAAAGUAGAAAUAGAAUUUUCUUCGGGAAAAAUUAUGUCCUUGCAUGGGGUGCAUCACGUUCCCGAAAUUAGAAGGAACAUUGUUAGUGGUUCCAUUCUUGUUAGGGAGGGUUAUGAAUUGUCCUUUAAAUUAAAUAAAGUUGUAAUUUUAUUUGGUGGAACUUUUAUUGGCAAGGGUUACUUGUCGGAUGAACUUUUUAAGAUUGUGGUUGAUUAUUUUGAAUUAAAUUAUGUAUCUGAGAAUUGUGAUUCUUCGUGUUUAUGGCAUUGUCGUUUGGGUCACGUUAAUUUAGAUUCUGUAAAAAGAAUGAUGAAUUUAAAUUUAAUCCCUAAACACUCUAUUGAUAAAACUAAGAAAUGUAUGGUAUGUGCUACUACUAAACAAGUAAGAAAACCUUAUCAUUCAAUUGAUAGAAAUUCAGAAUUACUUGAUUUAAUUCAUACCGACAUUUGUGAGUUUAAUGGAGUGCUCACUCGUGACCAAAAGAAAUACUUUAUCACUUUUAUUGAUGAUUAUUCUGAAUAUUGCUAUGUGUAUCUACUUAAGGGUAAAGAUGAAGCUCUUGAAAAAUUCUUAAUUUUUAAGAAUGAAAUAGAGAAUCAAACUGGCAAGAAAAUUAAAAAGUUAAGAUCUGAUAGGGGGGGGGGGAGAAUAUACUUCUAAUUUAGUUGUACUAGAAUGUCAAAAAUAUGGUAUAGUACAUGAAGAAAUACCUCCUUAUUCACCACAAUCAAACGGAGUAGCUGAAUAGAAAAAUAGAACUUUUAAAGAUAUGAUUAAUAGUUUAUUAGAAAAUUCUGGAUUACCUAAGUUUAUGUGGGGGGAAGCCUUGAAUACUGCAUGCCAUAUUCUGAAUAGAAUUCCCAUGAAACGUAAAAAUAAGUGUCCAUUUGAACUCUUGACGGGCCAAAAACCAAGUUUGAAAUAUUUUAAAGUGUGGGGCUGUCUUGCAAAAGUUUUAGUCCCUGAACACAAAAGAAAGAAACUUGGGCCUAAAACUGUUGAUGCUAUUUUUAUUGGUUAUGUUGAACAUUCUUAUGCAUUGAGAUUUUUGGUUAUUAAAUCUGAAAUUUCUGGCAUAGAUGUCAAUACUAAUGUAGAACUUCGUGAUGCUACUUUCUUUGAAGAUGUUUUUCCAAUGAAAACGGGUGUGUCCCAAAAUACUUCUUUUAAAAAUCAAGAAACCACAUUUAAUUCAAUUCGUGAUCAAGUGGAAAAGAUGACAAAUGUGGGGGUAUAAUCUAGUAAUUCUAGUCAUAUUGAUUUUGAAUCAAAUGAUCUAGAUGAGCCAAGAAGGAGCAAACGAGCUAGGAUCACUAAGGAUUUUGGAAGUGAUUUUAUCACUUACAAUAUUGAGGGUGAUCCAAUUUCCUUUAGAGAUGCAAUGGCCACAUCCGAGGCCAUUUAUCGGAAGGAUGCCAUUAAAAGUGAAAUGGACUCUAUUGUUCAAAAUGGAACAUGGGAGCUCGUUGACCUUCCUCCUGGUUGUACUACUAUUGGAUGUAAAUGGAUUUUUAAAAAGAAGUUAAAACCAGAUGGAACCAUUGAUAAAUAUAAGGCCAGAUUAGUUGCUAAGGGUUAUAAACAAAAAGAAGGUAUUGAUUUUUUCGAUACAUAUGCUCCUAUUGCAAGAAUGACCACGAUAAGAAUGCUCAUAGCAUUGGCCUCUGUAUAUGGUCUUAAAAUUCAUCAAAUGGAUGUUAAGACAACUUUUAUUCAUGGUGACCUUGAAGAAGAAAUUUAUAUGGAUCAGCCUGAGGGAUUUGUGGCAAAAGGCAAUGAGAGAAAAGUUUGUAAAUUAGUUAAGUCCUUAUACGGACUUAAGCAAGCCCCUAAGCAAUGGAACGAAAAAUUUGAUAAAAUAAUUUUUCCGUUUGGAUUUACUCUUAUAGAUGCUGAUCAAAGUGUCUAUUAUAAAUGUAAAGGUGAUAUAAGUAUUAUUUUAUGCCUAUAUGUUGAUGAUAUAUUAUUAUUUGACAGUAAUGAUAAUAUUAUUUUUAAGACUAAGUCAUUUUUGAAAACUAAGUUUGAAAUGAAGGAUUUGGGGGUGGUUGAAGUAAUUCUUGGGCUAAAGUUGACUAGAUCAUCCGAAGGCAUUUCUAUUUCUCAAUCACAUUAUAUCGAAAAAUUAAUUGAGAAAUUUGGAUUUAAAAAUAGUAGAAUUGCUAAAACACCCUAUGAUCCUUCAGUAGCUUUAUAUAAAAAUGAAAGUGGUGUUCCUGUGUCUCAAUUAAGAUAUUCUCAGAUGAUUGGUAGCUUGGGUUACUUAGCUAACUGUACUAGACCUGAUAUUGCAUUUUCAGUGUCUAAACUGAGUCGGUACACUUGUUGUCCAAAUAGAACUCAUUGGGAGGCCUUAAAUAGAGUAUUUAGAUACUUGAAAGGAACAAUUUCCUUGUGUUUGCAUUAUGGUAAAUAUCCUCCUGUUCUUGAAGGAUAUAGUGAUGCAAGCUGGAUAGCUAAGAACUCCGGGAGUUAUGGGUGUACUGGUUAUGUGUUUACAUUUGGUGGUGAGGCUGUUGCUUGGAAGUCCACUAAACAAACUGUACUCUCUCGGUCUACUUUUGAGGCUGAAUUAUGUGCGUUGGAUACUACAGGAAUUAUGGCUGAAUGGUUUAUGGGACUAAUUUCUGAGUUACCUAUAUUCAGCAACCAAAUUCCACCUAUUUGUUUGCAUUGUGACAGUAUGAGUACAAUUGCAAAAAUUAGGAGUACCAAGUAUAAUCAAAAGACUAGGAGACACAUUCAAGUUAGAUUAAAAACUAUAAGGAAAUUUGUGUCUCAAGGAGUGUUUGCUGUUGAUUUUGUUGGAUCCAAAGAUAAUACAGCAGACCCUUUAACAAAAGGACUUGAUUUAAAUCAAGUGAUAAAAUCAAGGUUAAGAAUGGGACUGAAACCCAAUAAUUAUUCAUCUACGGUGGCAACCCAACCUAUCUGAGUGGAGAUCCCAUAAAGUAGGUUCAAUGUGGUAUAAACAAACCGUAGAGUGAAUUGUGCAUCUCAUUAAUAUAUUUUAUGAGUUCUAUUCCUUUUUUUUUGGAUAAAAUGUAAGUAUAUAUAUCCAGAAAAAAGCAUAAGUACAAUGCAUCAAAACGAUCAAAAAUAACUAUCUAAGCUAGCAAGCUAACCUAAAAUAGUAUAAACCGUAUCCCCCCCCCCGCCAGGCGGGGGGAGGGGAGAGAGAGUUUUUUGGAAAACAAACGGCACGGGACAGGCCCCUGCUCGUAACACAAAAAUCAGUAAUCAAAAGGGACUAGUCUGUAAAAGGCCAGCCCAUAAGCAAAAUCCAGUCAAAGGACCACAAUGUCCACCAAAAACUUCAGUUCUGGGCAAACAAACUCCCAGCUGUAGGCAGCACAUCCGUCCAGCAUAGCAGCAACGAAGCCCAAGAGCUAAGCCCAAUCCAAAUCCACGAUUCCCGUCCAAAGCCCAACGCCCUGCGCAGCAACCCCUUUCCAACGGGCUAGGGUUUCAUGCGGCCUGCCCAACCCGUUUAGCCCUCAUCGUUUCAAGUCACAGCGCCGCACCAAACAAAACUCCAAUUUCAAAAAUUCAAAAGUGCACAGUAACCGACAGAAACAGGGGCGGUCCAAUCGCUGACACCCCACGUCAGGAUGCCGUUGACCACUCCGUUCCUCCCCGGCGAAAAAUCCGGUCGAUUCUCCGGUAGCCCAAAAACAACCCAGAUGCUGUAUUCGCACCCAGCACCAAGGCAAUGUCAAACCACCCACCCCCACCGGUCUCCGGCGUCAACACGGCGGCAUUGGUGGGUCACGAAACCAGCCGGAAAAAGUAACCAAGCCAGAACGUAGCUCCCCCCUCCACCCUCCACCCCCACUGGACCCUGGCGACCCCCAAUGGCAACAGUAGACGGCGGCGGAAGGCGUUCUGACAGUAACCGGAUUAAGUAAACGGCGACGGAAUGAGUUCUAUUCCUUGAUAAGCCUUAGAGGUGCUGAAAUUGCUAAGUUAGUAAGAGUUAAAGACUCUGAAUGGGAUCGAGCUUUAAUAGCAGAGUGUUUGCAAUGCACUCUUGGAGAUGCCCAACUAUGAGAAUGUUAUUGUCUGGCCGCAAUAAGAGAAUAAGGGUUAAUUCUCAAUGACAUUCUUGAGACAUGAUCAGGAUGCAUGGCCGUAAAGCAUCACACCUAUAGAUCGUUGCCAUUGCCGUUAGUGUGUUGCUUUUAUUCCACACCAACACAUUCAAGGUUUGAGUUCAAGAACUCUGUUCACUCAGUUCCUGUGGGGGUUAGGGGUAAGAGCUUAGAAUUUGGUUCAAACCGGAAGGUACCAUAUUUGAAAGCACACUAUGUCUUAGAGUUGAGUCUACAACUAUGGAUUUGUGGGGGAUUGUUGGAAAUGUGAUGAUAUAAAUAAUGUUUUGAGGGACACAUUUUGGUGUCCUAAGAUAAACGUGUAUUAAAUACAGAGAGGGGACUAAUUAUACAUCAAAGAACAACUUACAUAUUUGGAUUUAAAUUAUAAAUAGAAUCCAUAGUUGUAAAAGUUGUAAAGUGAUGUGUUAAAACCAUGACUUAUUUGUUCCAUAUUAGAGGAUAAAAAUGUCUCGUAUUAUUAUAAUUUUCAAUUACAAGUGAUGUAAUUGAUGUCUUAAGUUUGGAGACUCUCUAAUUGAUUGAAAAAAAUAAUUCUAUGGUUUAUUAGAACUGAACCGGUUUUUAUUAUUUGUUAAUAAUAAAAAUGAGCAGUCUAUGAGGAGAAUAUAACAACUGAUCGAUUGUGAAAUUGAAUUUUUAAAAUUCAAAAUGAUCGAGCAUAAUAAAGUGGCUAUUGAUGUAAUCCUAGAAAACCUGAACAGGUUGGCCGUUCACCUCACAUGCUAUUUAUUGAAUAUUUAUCCUUGAUUUCCGUUUCUAAAACCAUCCCCUAUCUAAUCUUUAUUCUUUAUUAUGCCAGAAUAAUAAUAUAAAGAGACGUGUAUGCAUGUUUUUCAAAAUAAGCCUUACGUAAGAAAGCAAAGUGGAGAAUACUCUUUCAAUUUUUUUGCCCUCUGCACGUACAAACAAAAGAAAUCAGCCAUAUAUUCUCUUCUAAAUUGAUCUUGCUUUCUUUAGAAGCAAACAAUACUCCUUGUACGAGAGAAGAGUAUCCAUAGUUUCCUUCAUUGAGUCUUUCUAUUCAGUCAAGGCAAUUUUGGCAACGACCGAAGGUUUCAAUCAAGAUAGCUACGAGAUUGAAAUGUGGUAGGAUUAUCCUGGGAGCGAGCUAGCCAGACUCGUCCGAAUAGCUAUCGGUAUACGGGGGCUAUCUUUCUUCAAGGUCAGUCCGUUUUAACGGGCGAUCCUGCGAUAAGUUUUCCUGCCUUACUAUUUAUUCAUUUUCCAUUUAUUCUAAUUAUUAUUAUUAUUUUCUUUUUCUUGCAUUUGGUGGUUUGUCUGGUGAUUUGGUUUAAACUCGGGAUUCUUAUCUGGAUAAACUCGCACUUUUAAAAUCAAUUUUCUAACAGACCUUUUAUGGCUACGACAAAAACCAUGAUUGAUGUUCAAAAUGGAAAAUUGACCAUGAGUGUGCUUGAUGAAACUGUUGAGUUUUCCAUUUUGAAAUCCAUGAGUAUGCCGACUGAUUCUAGUUCUUGUUUUGCACUUGAUAUUCUUGAUCCUAUUGCUCCUUUGGACAAGUUGCAGGAAGAUGAUCUUGAGAAAGGUUUUAACGAGAGUGCAAAAGUUUGCAAGAAGUGCAUUAAUUGUUUGCAUCAUAAGUCCAUUUUAAGGAAAGAUUUUAAACCUGGAAUAAAAGUGUUGUUGCUUGAUUCUCGUUUAAGAUUUUUUCCAGGCAAAAUAAAGUUAAAGUGGACUGGGCCAUUUGUGGUUCGCCAAGUUUUUCCCGACGGUGCAAUUGAGCUUGAAAAUCCGAAAUCCGGGAAUAUUUUUAAAGUGCAUGGUGAGAGAAUGAAGAGAUAUUCUUGUAAUGAAGAUUUGGUGGAGCAAGUUGAAAGCCUUGAGCUUUGGGAACACUGUUGCUCUUGUUGUGUUUAAUCACAUGUUUAAAAAAAUAAAAAAAAAAUAAAAAAAAAAUAAAAAAAAAUAAAAUAAAAAUAAAAUAAAAAACUUUUACUUUAAUUCUGUUUCUUUUUCCUCCCCACCUCGUUCUUUUUUUUCUUUCUUUCAGUUUUGCGGGUUGUUAUUCAAAGUGCUUUCAGUUUCGGUUAUAGAGCUACAAAGUGCAUUCAGGGAGUCUUUCUUCCCCUUUCUCUUGUUUAUUAAUCUUUCAUUGUGAAUAAUGUUUGAGAUCGGUGUGGGGGAGGAGUAGCUGUCAUUUUUAUUUAGUUUUAUUUUAGUUUCAAAAACAAAAACAAAAAAUCAGAAAACAAAAAAAAACAAAAAAGAACUGCAGAAAAAAAAACUUUUUUUCGCUCGGAUUCGAGGGAAAUUUAAUUUCAUGAUUACUUUUUUGGCUUCAAGUUGUGAAAAGUUUCCCUUUCAUUGGUACGUGGUAUGAAUGGUGGUCUCCAUGAUAAGUUUUCUCUUGAUUUUGCUUGAGUUGUUCACAUUGUUUUUACUUGGAGUCAAUUUCCUAGCUUGUUUUGGCAUUAAUUUGGAUGUAUUUCUCAAUUCUUUAAGACCUUUUAGGAUGCAUCUUUAACUUUCUUGGGAGGAGUGUGAGUCCUUUGUCUUUUAGCUAGCAUGAUAGAACUUUUCUUGUUGCUCUUUUGGAAGCUAAGUUAUUGUGCAAGUUGAUUGAGAAGUGAUCUAGGCCAUUUUUCAUAGCCCCAAACCUUUUAGCCUACCAUUUGCAUUGUAUUUCCGCUUGCUACCCCUUUGAGCCUAAUUUGUCUUGGAGCAUUUUACCGUGCUUUUGACAAGUAGUUUCUUUGUGAUUACCCAUCAAUAUUGACCCCGAGCCCAAAUAGCCAAAAUUAUCCCUCACCCUUGAGUUGACAUUUUUUUUACUUAAAUUGUGAUUGAGAAGAGUUUUCAUCUUAUUAGAGAAUUUUUUACCCAGCAGAUUGUAUAGAUGUAAUAUUGUUACGACAGUUUGAUUUUUUCUUUUUAGAAAUAGUGUUGAUAUAGCAUUAAAAAAAAGCAAAAAAAAAACUGAAAAAAAACAGAAAAAGAACAAAAGAAAAAAAAGUGAAAAAAGAAGAUGAGUUGAGUUGAAGUUUGUAUUCUUUUCACUUUCUGUAUGUACUUCGUUAUCUUAGAAGCUGGUUGAUUGUUGUAAUAUUUUUUUGUGCUCCUUAAGCAUAUUUUGAACUCUUCUUAGGAUCAGUUUGGUAUAGAAAAUGUCUCCCCUUUGUUUGAACUCCACAUCCUUUCUUUCUUUAAACCACUACCCACGGCCACGUUACAACGCGAAUAAAAGUCCUAAGUGAUCUUGAUGAGUUUGUACUUUGAUAAGGUGGAAGGAAGAGCAUAAGAUGACUAUAGAGUGCUCACCGAAUGACUUCGGAUUUUGCAUAAUUUCUGUGGAAGUUACUUGAGCAUCUCACUAGGUCGUUUAGAAUUGUAAAAUACAUAUCUAUUAAUGACAUGUGAGUCUCGGUAAUUGACUUUUGAGUUGGGCUUUGUGGUGGAUACUUGAUUCGAAUUUCUUGGGGAUAUCUUGUCAUGGAUGAGCUUGUUGGAAUGCUUGGUGAGUGAAAGGGAAUUUUGAUCAUUUGUUGCUGAAUUUGUUUCUUGAUAUUAAUUUUCCUUGAGGACAAGCAAAAUGUAAGUGUGGGGAGUUUGAUGAGCUAGAAUUUUACUUCUUUUUUACAUUAUUUUAUUACAAUUCUAAGCUUAUUAUUUGCCUACUUGAGAGGUUUGAGUCUUACUUUUGUGUUGAAAAUGAUUUUUAAAGUGCAGCGGUUUUAAUGGAAGGAUUUGAGGAUUUAUUGGGUUGAAUUGAGAAGAAUAGUGCCUUUUUAUUUGGAGUGCAAGUCCAGGGACUAUUUGUAAAGUUGGACUUAUUUUCAAACUGAAACAAAAGAAAAGAGGGGCUGCAUCCACUUACCAGCAACCCAAAAUCAAGAGAAAAAGGGAAAAAAAGUCCAAGAACAAAGAGGAGUGCUAGCGGGUCUACUUUAGCGGGAAAAAAUGCUGGAACGGUUGUUUUCCUGGCUGAUAAAAACUGCAGCAGUAGGGUUUUUGGGUGGAUUCGGGCUGCCAAGGCUGGUUGGGAAGGAGAGCCGGGCUGCUUAGCUGCUCUCUGCGUACGAGGAUUCUUUCUACAAAAGAGGGAGUGCUGGCCGGAGAAAAUUCUUGGAAUAGAGAGCUGCAUAAAUCUGGAGGCUACCCUUGUGGAAGAUUUUCUCCACUUCAGGGGUUAGCUUAAUUGUGUUAGAGCUUUGGUUCCUUGCUUCUGGUAUUUUCGAAUUUAGCAGUUCGGUAGUUUGCCGCUUCUCUCAAUUUUGACCAUUAAAAUGGUUGAGGUUGUUCUUGCCAUGCUUGUUAUUUUAGUUAACAAAGUUAUUGUUAUGAGUAGCUAAAUUCUUAAGUCCGGAUUAUGAUGAAGUUGCUAUGAUUUAGUAUAAAUUGUGAUUUUAGUUAUGUCAAUAAGUCAAUUGAUUGAGUUUUA